ACUAACAUACCUUUAAUAAUAAAAAGCAUGAGAUUUUAUUAAAAAUAACUCGAUCGAUUUUAAUCGUAUUACUUAAUCGUAAUUAGCAAAUUGGUUGAAAAUAGUUCAUUCUGCUGAUUAUUUCAGAUUCUUUGCCAAAUCAGAAUCAUUCCAAGCAAUCAUGAUAACCUAACAAGUCAUUGCUUCGAGAUUUAUUUGGAUACAAUUAUUACAUGCAAAUACUGAAGAUUUUGCUUUAAACUGUUUUUAAAUUUGGUAACCAACAAAUCAGUUUUUGUCACAAUUAAUCCUAUCAAUCAACCUUUUUAGAUCAAAUCUCGGUGGAACAAUAGGCAAGCGUCUUCCUCGUUGACCUUUCAUCAUGACUUACAUUUUUUCAAAGUCGAGUUGCGGUCGAAAAUGCGAAGAGUUGGAGAAGAGACAAACCUGAUUGAUAUCAUGAAAAGUCUUUGGCAGUUUACUCGAGAGUUUAUUUCUUGUCAAGCACGUAUAUUUCAACCGCCAGAUUAGACCCUUUAAAAUGGCCCGAAAACAUAAACUAAAACGAUUAACCUACAAAUAGGCAAACCAUAUAUUCUAGAAUCUGCGCUUUCAAUUUUCUACGAACCUUGGCCACAAACAAACCUCAAGGUAAACUCUUUACGAUUUAACCCGUUUAUCGUCCAGAAACUUGGGUAUAAAAGUCAAUGUGAAAUUGGUCUAAAGUAUCAUUCUUGCAACUUCAUUUGCUCUGUUCACUUUCACCUUAAACAUCUUCUAGUUAUUACUCUAGUCUUUGUGAUACCUAAAAUUACCUUAAAAGUACAAUAUGUAUGUCAAAUCUAUUCUCGUUCACAUCUUCUUCAUGGUUCAUUUUGCCAAUGCCAAUGUGCUUAAAGAUUGGUACAGUGGUUUGAAUAGCAAAGUAGAUGAAUUAAGUGAAAGUCUACACGAAAAGCCAACAGGUGAAUUGGUCGUUGGACUAGCUAAACCUUCACCUAAACCUUCCCCUGAACCUGCCUACAAGCCUGCUGAACCAGUGGUUAAAAAGGAGGAAAAGAAACCAGAACUUAAAGAAAUUUGUACUUUAAGAUUACGAGACUCUGAUAUUGUAAUGCUUACAGUGGUAAAGAAAGCAACGAAGAAAGCCUUUGAACCAAUCUCAAUCGAUCCCCGUGCAUUGGAAUUGAAGUUCAUCGUUGAAAAAAGAAAAAAGAUUCCAUCUCUCAUUGGUGCUCUCAAGUCAAUUACAUUAACGAAACAUUCCCAUGUCAACAAAAUUCCAAUCAACUUGCAAUUGGACCAUAAAGCUUUAACUAAAUUACCAAAAUUAAGUGCUGAGGACUUAGUUAUCUUAACAAUCAUCAGACAACCCAAAGGAAAACCAGCAAAGGUUGUUUCCCAUUUUGUGGAUAAAAUAAGUGCUGCUCCAGUUUAUAAAUCCUAUUAAAUGAAUAAACUAUUGUAAAUUGUAAAUUUUGAAUAGACUGUCUAUUCAUUAUAAAUUGUGACUUAAAUCUAAUCAAUAAAUAAAUAUCAAAGAGUAUAUUUA